CCGCACUAUCCCACUAUCAUCCCCACUGUCAUCGGGGUCGUCAAACCACCGAAGGCCUUCCAUUCGUGUUGCCACAACUUGAUGGACGAGUCUCGCAGUAGGAGCGACCAAGUCUCAUGAACAAAUACAUUACUACAAGACUCGGAAAGCCUUCCGGCAAGUGGCCAUCGUCCCUGUAUCGCUGAUACCGUGAUACCAAAGGGGGACAGUUCGGAUGACAAGAAAGCCAUUUCUAGCUGAAAGCGCUCUACGGCGUACAAAGCUUCCCUUCUUGGGAGAGGUUCAUCGGUACUUCUCACACUGCCUAUAACCGGUGGAAGAUGGAGAAAGAAGCAAAAGGUCUUGGUAUAUAUGAUAUGCCAAACCCUUACUUUUUACUUCGUUCAAGACGCCUCAAAAUCGCUGAAUAAUGCCUGAAAAACAAUCCCAACCACGAAUUGUUGUUAUCGGUGCAGGAGUGGGUGGAAUAGCAUUUGGAGUCUAUCUACGAAGACAACUUCCGCAAUUCGAUAACUUCGUCAUCUAUGAGAAGGCGAACGAUCUUGCAGGGACUUGGAGGUCGAAUACCUACCCUGGAUGUUCCUCAGAUGUUCCGUCACACUUCUUCUCUCUGUCAACCGACCUUAAUCCCGAAUGGGACUACACCCAUGCGAAGCAGUCUCAAUUUCUCGACUAUUGGAGAAAUAUCGCUAUAAAAUAUGACCUUUAUUCGCAUAUGGUGUUCAACACUCUGGUGACCUCGGCGGCCUGGGACCCCAAGAAAUCGAAGUAUCUUAUCACGACCAAAGCAGUGAAGGGUGAGCUCUCGAAAGCCAGCCAACCAGGGAAGCAACUGGUGGAAGAAGCCGCGUUGGAGGAACAACAGGACGAAGCGGAAGUCUUGAUCUCGGCCUUGGGUAUUCUGGAAGUUGUAAACUUCCCGAAGAUUGCAGGCUUGGAGACCUUCAAAGGGGAUUUGUUUCAUUCCGGUGCAUGGGACCAUCGUGUGGAUUUGAAGGGCAAGCGAGUCGCGGUCGUUGGGAAUGGAGCUUCAGCGACGCAAUUAAUCCCUGUGAUAUCUGAAGACCCGUUGGUGAACAUUACGAACCUCUGCCGGACCCCAAGUUGGGUUCUCCCACCGAUUCGUAGCGAGAUUGGACCCGUGCAGAAAUGGAUGUUUAGAAACGUGCCUCUGUUCAUGCGACUCUACCGACUUCGACAUUACCUGAAUACUGACUUGUUUUAUGGGCUGGUAUUCGCAAAUGCCUGGACUCGCGCUUUAUUUGAGAUGGGCCUCAAGAAAUAUAUACUGGACGCUGCUCCAAAGAAAUAUCAUGAUAAGCUUAUCCCAACCUACACUCUGGGGUGCAAGCGUGUCAUAUUUGAUACAGAUUAUCUCAAAUGCUUGCAUCGACCGAACGUCACAAUGAACUGGGAUGGAAUUCAAUCCAUAACUGAAGACGGGGUCAUCACGACGACAGGCGAAAGAUUGUCUUUUGAUGUUCUUAUAUUUGCUACUGGCUUUGUAGCAGACGACUACCCGCUACGCGUGAAAGGCACUCGCGAGACAGUCAAGGAGUAUUACGACAGGAAUGGGGGACCCACGGCGUAUAUGGGCACUACCUUGCCCGGGUUUCCGAAUUUCUACAUGAUCGCCGGUCCUAAUACGGCUACAGGACACACAUCAGUCAUCUACACGGAGGAAUGCCAGAUCAACUACAUGCUACAACUGAUUGAACCUGUACUUCGGGGCGACCUCAAGACAGCCGAAGUCACCGACCACGCUACGAAGCGAUACAACGACAUCAUCCAAUCUCGACUUAGGAAGUCCGUUUUCGUGGAUUGCGUCUCGUGGUAUCGCAAAGGUAGUGAAGGAAAAGUGACAAGCAUCUUUCCCGGGAUGUCUACUUUGUUCUGGUGGUGGUUUAGGCGAGUAAACUGGGAGGAUUACAAUAUAUCUGGGCGGACGGAAGAGUGGCAGAGGGAGCAGAGGCGCCAGGAGUGGGUGAGGAGGGUCUUGAAGAAUGUUGCACGGGCGAUUUUUAUCGCAUCGUCCAUUGUGAUGUUCAGGGCGAUAUGGAUCGGUAAAUGGGACGCUCUUGUUCAGGAAGUCAAACAUAUCUUGGCACCCUUGUUCCCCAUCAUAAAGGGAUAUUAUCAUCGCGCAAUGGUCCUUUUGGCUUAAAGCGUGUAGAUUUGUACGGUUACUCUUUACCCGGAAGAUUUUUUGUACUCUAUUGCGUUCCUUCAAUGACAAGGCAGGAUACCUCCCAUCAUUCAGGUGAAUCUCGUGAAGAACUUCAUCCUUAACCUUAUGCC